AUGUUGGAGAGGUUAGCAGGACGUACUCAUUACUGUCUUCUGGACAGAUAUUCAGGGUAUAAUCAGAUAAUAAUUGCUCUAAAAGACCAAGAGAAGACAACCUUCACAUGCCCCUACGGAACCUUUGCAUUUAGAAGAAUGCCUUUUGGUUUAUAUAAUGCACUGACAACCUUUCAACGAUGCAUGAUGGCCAUCUUUUCUGACAUGGUAGAAAAGUACAUUGAAGUUUUCAUGGACGAUUUUUGUGUGUUUGGAGAUUCAUUCGAAGAUUGUUUAGAUCAGUUGGCUCUUGUAUUGCAAAGAUGUGAGGAGAAAAACAUCGUGCUUAAUUGGGAAAAAUGUCAUUUCAUGGUAAAGGAGGGAAUAGUACUAGGACAUCGAAUUUCUACACAGGGCAUCAAGGUGGACAAAGAAAAAUUGACAUCAGCACCUGUGAUAGUGGCACCAGAUUGGGAAUUCCCUUUUGAGCUCAUGUGUGACGCUAGUGACUUUACAGUGGGGGCAGUGCUUAGACAACGCAAAGGAAAGAUAUUUCAUAUUAUCUACUACUCUAGCAAAACACUGACAGAUGCUCAGAUCAACUAUGCAACAACUGAAAAGCAGAAGAAGAAGCUACUUCAUGAAGCGAAGUUCUAUUAUUGGGAUGAACCAAAUUUAUACAGACGAGGGGCAGACCAAAUCAUUAGGAGAUGCGUGCCAGAGGAUGAGAUGAAAUCGAUCCUUUCAUGGGUACAUGCUUCGACUUAUGGAGGACAUUUUGGCCCCACUAAAAUAGCAGAAAAGGUGCUUCAAUGUGGUUUCUUUUGGCCUACACUGUUUAAGAACUGCCACAAUUUUUGUAGAUCAUGUGAUAAGUAUCAGAGAACCGGUCCUUUUCCAUCAUCUUACAAUAAUCGAUACAUUCUAAUUGCAGUGGAAUAUGUUUCUAAAUGGGUAGAAGCAAAAGCAUUGCCUACAAAUGAUGCUAGGGUGGUGGUGGACUUCAUAAAGAAACACAUCUUUAACCGCUAUGGAUCACCAAGAGCCAUUAUAAGUGAUGGUGGAAUACACUUCCGCAAUCGGUUAUUCCAGGAUUGGUCGAAGAAAUUGGAUGAUGCUUUAUGGGCAUAUCACACUGCUUACAAAACACAUACUGGAAUGUCCCCGUACCAUCUUGUUUUUGGAAAAGCAUGCCACCUACCAGUGGAGUUUGAGUACAGAGCGUACUGGGCAUUGAAGCAAUUAAACAUGGAUCUUAAGAAAGUCGGAGAAACAAGAACAUUGCAAUUACAUGAAUUGGAGGAAUUCAGAAGAGAAAUACAUGAGAAUGCAUCCAUUUACAAGGAAAGGACGAAGCAAUGA